CACUGACCCGGAAAUUAAUGUCCACUGUUUGUUUCAGUCGUCAAUCAUCAGUCCGCUGUUUGAAUGAACUUCAAUGCAAGUAUGACCGUCACACAUAUGGUUCCAAGAUUAACCUGAUUCAUUUCUUGACCGUUGUAGGACAUCUCCCGAGUGUAUACAUAGUGACCGGUAAGAAAAAUGUUAAGCCAGGAAAUUAGCAUUCUGAGCAGAAAUCUGUGUUGACAUGUAUGGCACCUUUACCUUUGCCGGUUUACUUGUAAAGAACCAGACUUGAAUUAACUGAUGCCGCGUUGGUUGCAUAUAUUUUUGCAAGGAGUUGUCAAGGAUAGCUGUCAUCGAGCUCCGAGAUCAUUUUGCACAAGACAUGCCUGUGUAGAUUGAGUUGCCUCGACCGUUUUGGACGAACGCGUGGCGACCCAUUAACCUACCAUGGCUGUGGUAUACGCGAGGGCAAUCAUGGUGAACUUGAAGCACUCGGCCCAUCGAGCCGGUGCCUUCGCCAGGAUCAGAUUGACCCAUUACCCUCAGGAACGUUUGUUUAGAAGAGGACUGAUUCUAACACGCCUACCUGGCAGGGCGCUGUUCUGUUGUACCGCACUCAGUGCAGCAUCCUGCGUGGCCAAGUGUCAGGCGGCCAGUCUCACGCAGUGCGUCACGGACAAGAAGCCCGUCGUGGCCGCGGUGCAGGUGCACAAGAUCGUCUUCUUCCUCCGUCUCAGCCUCCGGGCGCUGGUUCUCCUCCUCAAGUUCGGCCCGCUCCUCUUCCUCUUUCCGCUGACGCUGCUCUCCUCGCACUUCGCGUCCCGCUGGCUGGACGCCCUGCUGUGGGUCACCGAGUCGUCGGGGCCCACCUUCAUCAAGCUGGGCCAGUGGGCCAGCACCCGCCAGGACGUCUUCUCCCAGGACUUCUGCCGGCGCUUCUCCCGGCUGCACGUGGAGGUGCGCCCUCACUCCUGGGCCCACACCAAGCACUGCCUGCGCCGGGCCUUCGGCGAGGCCUGGAGGAGGCUGUUUGUGUUCCAGAGCAAGGAGCCCGUGGGCUCGGGCUGCGUGGCCCAGGUGUACCGGGGCUGGGCCAGGGUGGAGGCGGUGGAGGACCUGGCCUUCCAGGCGCUGGUGGAGGAGAUGGAGAGGGAGGACAUGCUGGAGGCCUGGGAGAUACCGGGCCUAGGCGGGGUAGCCAGCUCCCUCUGGGGGCUGUGGAAGGGCAAGGAGGAGGUGGAGGAGGAGAUCCAUCUGUCGGAGAAGGGUCAGCCAGUGGAAGGACAUUUGAUACCUGUGGCUAUCAAGGUACUCCACCCAGGGGUCAGAGGUCAGGUGGAGAUCGACCUGAUGCUGAUGAGAGCGGGCUCCUGGCUCUUGCAUCUUCUACCCGGCCUGAAAUGGCUCAGUCUGCCAGAGAUAGUGGACGAGUUCGAGAAGCUGAUGACCAAACAGAUUGACCUCCGGUUCGAAGCCACAAACAUCGAGAAGUUCCGGGAGAACUUCCAGGACGUGGAGUACGUGAAGUUCCCCACGCCGCUGCGACCGUUUGUCACAAGGAGCAUUCUAGUAGAAACCUUCGAGGAGAGCGAGCCCAUUUCAAACUACCUGAGGCCAGAGGUGCCCGCGCACGUGAAGCAAAGGAUAGCCCGGAUGGGGAUCGAGACCCUGCUCAAAAUGGUGUUUGUGGACAACUUUGUCCACGGGGACCUCCACCCGGGGAACAUCCUGGUCCAGCGGCCCCAAUCAGAGGAGGCGGACCUCCAGGGGAAGACCACCCUGACGGACCUGUGGGACACGGUGGUGGUGAGCGUGCGGCCCCAGCCCUGCCCAUACCAGCUGGUGCUGCUGGACGCCGGCAUCGUGGCCCAGCUCAGCCCCCGAGACCUGGCCAACUUCAGGGCCGUGUUCACCGCCGUGGUGCUGCGCCAGGGGGAGCGAGUGGCAGAGCUCAUCCUGAACCACGCCAGGGCCAACGAGUGCCGGGACGUCCCCCGCUUCAAGAGGGAGAUGGCCCAGCUGGUGGACGGCGCUCUCAGCACCAACACCCUGUCCCUGGGGAAGAUCAGAGUGGCCGAGUUGCUGUCAAAAGUGUUUGGUCUGCUCAUCACACACAAGGUGAAGCUUGAGAGCAACUUUGUGUCCAUCGUCUUCGCUAUCAUGGUGCUGGAAGGCCUGGGUCGGUCACUAGACCCCAACGUGGACAUCCUGGAACUGGCCAAACCAAUGCUGCUCAAGAACUAUGCCUCGAUGCUGUGAUAGAUGCGCACACACACUGGCGCACAUGCACGCACACUAACGCACACACACACACACAAACGGUUAUGAAAAUAGAUACACGCAUAUAAUUUGAGUAAGUGUACUGUCUGUUAUCUCGACCAAGGUCUUGUUGACACCAUUAAUUACCUCAUUUAAAUCUACGCCAUUUGAAAUAGUUCUCUUUUUAAUUGAAGGAUUUUGACCAGUCCUCGUGCAUAUAGAUCAACCCAAGAGUUAAUAUGCAUCAUUUUGCACAAUCUCGUUAAGCACAGCGGUACCGUGAUAUUUUUACAUCUAAUGAAAAAGUGGUUUGGAAGUGUGUUUCUGUUACGAGGGCAACAGUAAGCCCAUCGGAGAAGAGUCCAUUUUCACUGUAAAACAAACCAGUUGCAUGCUCGUUUACUUCUUAAUAACUCAUCCAUCUUGUUUAGGACCGUUUUAUGGCAGCACAGACAGUGUCGUCUUAUGGCGGAUUCCAACCUUUUGCUACCAUUUAAAGGGAACUUUCAUUCCUGAACUUUCAUGCCAAAAAAAAUGCCUUGGCAAGGGCAACAUGUGCUGCAUUCAAUGACUUGGUGGCUAAGCGCACAAGGUUAUUGGAGAGCUGAAAGUCACUCAGAGUUGACUAAACUUGACAUUGCUUCUUGGAAUUAAUAUUGAAACAUGUGCAAUUGCUAAUGUUUUGCCAUGUCAAACAUUUUUUGUUAUUAGAGAAUUGCAUAUUUGCUAAAGUAAUUGGACCAUUUUAAUAUUUGAAUGGUAUGAUAAACAAUUUUAUUCUCAUUUGACUGUAUUUUUGUAUUUAAAAAUUGUAUAUGUGUACUAAAUAUGCGGCAAAUGUAAUGAAAUCAAUAAACUGAGUAGAUAUUA